GCAAAGGAAUUAAUCUUUGACAAAGAACUCAUGCAAUAAUAUUUCUAUUAAAUGGACUUUAGUCAAAUGUUGAGUUGAGAGAAGAAUGGAAUCAAAAAUUGCAGAACUUAAGUUUAGACCUCAAAAAAACUGUUUUAUUACUAUCCCUCGGCAUUGGAAGCCCCAUUACGGACAAGCGGCUGUUAGAAUUUGGAAACUCCAGAGAGAAGACUGUUCUAAGUCUGUAUUUGUUAGUUCGAGUGGAGAAAAUAUAAAUGAAGAUGGGAUCGUUCACAUCAAUGGAACUUAUGCAUCUAAACUAAGUCUUAUAGAAAGCUCACGCAUCAUUUUAUCACCCGUUCAUAAUGUAGCGAAAGCUCUGAAAGUUAUAAUCAAACCUGUCACAUCAGAUGAUUGGUCUCUUAUUGAACGUCAUUCUGAAAGAGUAGAAGCUACAAUGCUUCAUCAAGUCAGAGUAGUGUGGAAGGGUCAAAUUGCUCCGCUAUGGAUCACUCCAGGAGUAUGCGUCUUCUUCAAAGUAAUAGGAUUAUAUCCACCGGGAGAGUGUGCUACGUUAGAUUCUUCAACUGAAUUGCAUGUGGAACCAAAUUUAAAAGAUGAACUUGACAAUGAUAUGGAAGAACUUACAGAAACGCAUAAAAUAUCUUAUACUAGUGAAAUCAUAAAGAAAUUGUAUAGCUUUGGUCUGUCGUUAAUUGGUAAAAAAGAACAAACUGAAGAAGAACGAGAGGUUGUUGAAAAGAAACUUGAAGAAAAAGAAAAAAUAAAGAAACCACCAAAUAUUAAUACCUGUAUUAGAGUUGAAAAAUUUCCAAGUACAAAUUUAUCUGAGAAUCUAUCAAACUAUAAACUUCUUCCUGAAGCUGUUUAUGGUCUAGUGGAAGAUUUUCCAGGUUUACCAGAUAUAGUCAGAUGUAGUAUAUUAAAAGUGCCAUCACCUAAAGCCUUAAUAGCUGCCCAAGAUAGGAAAAUUGAGGAGAAACCUAUUGAUGUCCACUUGAUUCUAUUAGACUAUAAUAAAAGUUUCGUUCAUAGAAAUAUAAAAGUUACUGUGCCAAACACUCGGAGCAAUAGUCUAAUUGUACAUGAAAAUAUUAUGGAACAAUUAGACUUGGAAGACGGCGAUCGAAUUAAAAUAACUAAAUCUACUACAAAUUUGAUGCCGUGUGACAAAUUACAUCUUAAUCCCUGCAAUGCACUUCCAGAAAAAUUUUCUUCUAUGAUGCUAGAAACUGCUUUUAGAAAUUGGUUAAAGCAAAGUACUAAUAUUGAGUUUCCUUUGAUGUUAAAUAGUUCAAAUGAUUUCGAAACUAUAUGUUCAAUUCCUACUUCAUCAGAAGGUUAUCUACAAGUUGCAGUUCGGGUAGAGACAAAUAAGAAAGAUACUACUUCAUGUUAUGCAGUAUAUCAUGGUCGAAAUUUUACAGUGGAAACUGACUUGAAUAUAGUUAAAAAGAAAAAAGAGGCUUCAGAUGAAAAAUUAGUCAAACUUCUUUCUGAUUUACGCGGUUUAUCAGAAGAAGACAAUAAAUUAGCUUUACAAACUUUAAAUAUGAUUGAAGAAAUUGGUGGUUCUUCACUAUUAAUAACUGGACCAAGAGGUUCUGGAAAAACAACCUAUGCUCAAGCCAUUUUUGGGGAAUUAAAGAAAAAUAUUGGAUUAUAUGUUGAAUGGGUAGAUUGUAAACCUCUCCGUGGAAAACGCCAUGAUGUCGUCCAAAAAUAUAUAAAGAAUGCGCUAAAUCAGGGCAUUUAUAAGCGACCUACUCUUAUCGUUCUGGACGAUCUGGAUGCAAUAUGUGGUACUCCUGACGAAAUAGAAGCGUCUGGAGUAGAUGCUCAGAAUUCUACAAGAAUAGCUGAGUCAUUCCGUAGUAUAAUAAAAAUGUGUCGUCUAGAAAAUUUACCAAUAGCAUUCUUAGCAACAGCAGCAUCAAAAAUGUCACUUAACAAUGCACUAACGAGGGGAAAAGGAUUUCAUGUCUUUCAGACAACAAUAUUGAUUCGCCCUCUAACAGUUGAUAUUCGAAAAAAUUAUUUAGGUUCCUCUUUUAUAGGGGCAAAUUUAUCGUCAGAAUUUCUUGAAGAACUAUCAAAGAAUACAGAAGGUUAUGUUGCCCAAGAUUUCGAAAAUAUUAAAUCAAUUUGCAACCACAUGAAAGUUUCUAAGAAAAUAAAAUAUAUCAAUGAAGACAUUUUGAAAGAAGCCACUGAUAAAUACAUUCCAAUAGGAUUCAGAAGGGUUUCGUUUACUAGUUUACAGGGAAAUGUCAAAUGGGAGGAUAUUGGAGGUUUAGCGGAAGUUAAAGAAGAUCUUUUGAAAAUUCUCUAUUGGCCGUCCAAAUAUCCAGAGUUGAUGAAAGAAAUAAAUAGGCCUGCCAGGGCAGGAAUUUUACUAUACGGAGCUCCUGGUACAGGUAAAACUCAUCUGGUAGGAGCUGUUGCUGAAAAAACUGGACUAAGAUUAAUUGUUGUUAAGGGUCCUGAAUUAUUGAAUAAAUAUAUUGGGGCCUCUGAAGCAGCAGUUAGAGAUGUAUUUCAAAGAGCUGCUAGUGCAAAACCUUCUCUACUUUUCUUCGAUGAGCUGGAAGCUUUGGCACCUAGAAGAGGACAUGACUCAACAGGAGUUACUGAUCGAGUUGUUAAUCAGCUCCUAACAGAAUUAGAUGGAGUGGAAGGACGUGAUGGCGUAUUUGUAUUGGGAGCUACUUCUCGGCCGGAUUUAAUUGAUCCAGCUUUAUUAAGACCUGGUAGAUUCGAUAAAAAAUUGCACUGCCCAUUACCCAGUGCACACGAGAGACAAGAAAUUCUAGAAAUUUUAUCUAGAAAUUGUUCGUUAAAUUUAGGAAAGGACGUUGAUUUAUCGUCAAUAUCAGAAAAAUGCAGAUAUUUUUCUUCUGCAGACCUUAGAGCUUUACUUUGUUCCACACAAUUGUAUGCUUUUAAAAGGUUAACUCUAUCUUUAAGUAACAUGAAUGGUUCCAUGCCUUCAAAGAAAGAAAGUCUUUGGGAAAUUAAUUCGUUGGAAGAUGGAAUAGUGCGCGACUUUAAUGUAGAAGAGAAGCUCAAGGAUAGUGAAAAUCUUCAAGUUACUGUCUACUCAGAAGAUUUUGAUAGGGUUUUGGCGGAACAAAAGCCAUCUGUUGACGAAAGUGAACGAUUAAGAUACGAAGCCAUCCAUGCUGCCAUGACUAGUCGAUCAACCUCAUCUAUUUCUGGCCAACCAAGAGCUACUUUGGCUUAA